AUGAAAUUAAAUAAUAUUUUAUUAUUUUUAUCAUUUGUAUUAAUUACUAUUAAUCAAAUUUCAAUAACUCAAGCUGUCCAAUGUGUUGAUUAUAAUAAUCCAAAUUAUUAUAGAUUUAUUAAUCCAUUAAUGAAUAAUAGAGCAUACUGUUAUAUUAAACCAACGAAUGCUUCUGAAAUUAGUGAUGCAAUUUUAUAUGCACAAAGUAUUAAUAGAGGUGUAUCAAUUAGAUCAGGUGGUCAUUCAGCAACACAAUUUUCAAUGUUAAAUAAAACUGUUAAUAUUGAUUUAAGUUCAUUAAAAGGUAUUGAAAUUGAUGUUGAAGCUCAAACUGUUGUUGUACAAGCUGGUGUACAAGUUAUUGAAUUAUAUAAUGCCACAACUAAAUUAUUAUUGGCAACAACUGCUGGUAGUUGUCCAACUGUUGGUAUGGGUGUUGUAUUAGGUGGUGGAUCAAAUUACUUUGGUGGUAAAUAUGGUUAUAUGGCUGAUAACAUAUUAGAAUUCACCGUUGUACUUGAAGAUGGUUCAAUUGUUAAAGCCAAUCCAAAGAAUAAAUAUAGUGAUCUCUAUUGGGCAUUGGCUGGUUCUGGUGGUGGUGGUUUUGGUGUUGUUGUAGAUUACAAAAUUAAAGUUUACCCAAUUCCGCAAUAUUUUUACAAGAAUACCAUUCGUUUCGAUAUUGUCAAUUUAGAUAAAGCUCUCGCCUUAUUGGAUUCUUAUGUACGUUCUGCCACUGAACAAACUCGUGAAAAUAUCUAUGUCAAUAUGUACUCUCAAUUAACUUUGAAAUCCGCAAAUAUGACUCCAUCCGCUAGUAUUACAUUCUUUUACAAUGGUCCACUUGAAGAGGGUGAUUUCGAAUUCAGAAAAUUGUUAGCCGAUUUCCUUUGUCCACCAUCAAAUCCAACCUGUACACCAUUGGGUAGAGUCACCACCAUGGAUAUCCAAACUUUAAAGAAAACAUUCUGGGAAGUCAUUAGCUCAAUGAGUUAUGAUAAUAAUCCAUUAAGACAAUUCACCAAAGGUAGAUUCGUUAAGAAAUUAUCUAAAAACGAUGUACCAAAUGCUAUCAACGAUUUCUAUAAAUAUGCCGUCACCAAUAUCAUCAAUUCAACCUCUUUAAUUAAACCAGAAACAUUGUUAAAUAUUAAUCAAGCUAUUUUCUAUCAUGGUGGUAAACAAAAUCAAGAUAGAACUGGUUCAAUCGAUUCUCCAUUCAAUUCUUUCCUUCACAGAGGUGAUGAAGCUAUGUGGUCAUACACUAUUGUCGCUCAAUAUAAUAACACUGAAAAUGAUCCAUUAUUCUCUGGUCUUAGAAAACUUGUAAACUCUAAACUCUCUUCAAUUGGUGAUAAAUUAAAUAAUAACUAUCCAGAUGAUGAAUUUGAAGAUUGGCAAACCGGACUCUAUGUCACCAAAUCAAAUUAUAAAAAACUUCAAGAAAUUAAAGGAAAAUAUGAUCCAAAUAAUUAUUUUAAUUAUCCACAAUCAAUUGAAUUACCAAAGAAAUAA